AUGGGCAUCUCCUCCUUCCAGGCUUCUCAUUCCAUGGUUUCUCAGUCUCUCUUGUUGCUCUUGUUGGUAAUUUUUUCUGCUCUUUUGUUGUUCCUUCUGUCGACCAAGCAGAAGAGGAAGAGUGUAGCAUCAAGAAGACUACCGCCGGGUCCUAAGAAGCUACCAUUAAUCGGGAACCUUCACCAACUCGGCAGCUUACCUCAUGUAGGCCUACAACGCCUUUCAAAUGAAUAUGGGCCGCUCAUGUACCUGAAACUAGGCUCAGUUCCAACUCUAGUAGUCUCAUCAGCUGAUAUGGCUAGAGAGAUUUUCAGAGAGCAUGAUCUUGUUUUUUCUAGCAGACCUGCGCCAUAUGCUGGGAAGAAGCUGAGUUACGGCUGCAACGAUGUAGUUUUUGCUCCAUAUGGUGAGUACUGGAGGGAGGUCAGAAAGAUUGUGAUCUUGGAACUACUGAGUGAGAAGAGGGUUCAAUCAUUCCAGGAAUUGAGGGAAGAAGAGGUGACACUUAUGCUUGAUGUUAUAACUCAUUCUUCGGGUCCUGUGUAUUUAAGUGAAUUGACGUUUUUUCUAUCCAAUAAUGUUAUAUGUCGAGUGGCUUUUGGUAAAAAGUUUGACGGUGGAGGAGAUGAUGGCACUGGGAGAUUUCCUGAUAUUCUUCAGGAAACACAGAACUUGCUUGGAGGAUUCUGUAUUGCAGACUUCUUUCCAUGGAUGGGGUGGUUCAACAAGUUGAAUGGCUUGGAUGCCAGGCUAGAGAAGAACUUCUUGGAACUGGACAAGAUCUAUGACAAAGUAAUAGAGGAGCACCUUGAUCCAGAAAGGCCUGAACCUGAGCAUGAAGAUCUUGUUGAUGUACUGAUUCGAGUUCAGAAGGAUCCAAAAAGGGCUGUAGAUCUCAGUAUUGAAAAAAUCAAGGGUGUUCUCACGGACAUGUUCAUUGCAGGGACUGAUACCUCUUCAGCCUCACUGGUAUGGACAAUGGCUGAGCUGAUUAGAAAUCCUUCUGUGAUGAGAAAAGCACAAGAAGAGGUGAGGAGCGCUGUCAGAGGAAAAUAUCAGGUGGAAGAAAGUGAUCUUUCGCAACUCAUCUACCUAAAGUUGGUGGUAAAAGAGUCACUGAGACUUCAUCCACCAGCCCCAUUACUAGUUCCUCGAAAAACCAACGAGGACUGCACGAUUAGAGGGUAUGAAGUUCCAGCAAAUACACAAGUGUUCGUGAAUGGAAAAUCGAUAGCAACUGACCCAAAUUAUUGGGAAAAUCCAAAUGAAUUUCAACCUGAAAGAUUUUUGGAUAGCGCCAUUGAUUUCAGAGGACAAAACUUCGAGCUUUUACCAUUUGGCGCUGGCAGGAGAGGGUGUCCUGCGGUUAACUUUGCCGUCCUGUUGAUCGAACUUGCGCUCGCAAACUUGCUGCAUCGUUUUGACUGGGAACUGGCUGAUGGGAUGAGAAGAGAAGAUUUGGAUAUGGAAGAAGCAAUUGGCAUAACAGUGCACAAAAAAAAUCCUCUCUACCUUCUAGCUACCCCUGCUAAUUGA